AUGAUUGAGAAUUUAGAUGGAUUUAUUUUCAAGAGGAGGAUGCAGCCUACAGCGGAAUCUGAGGUAAGGAUGAGUAUUGAGUCGAAGAGGAGAGACUUGAGUGUGAUAAAGAAGGAUACAGAUGAUAUAUUUAGCUUCAGGUUUGUAAAUGAGAAGAGAUGCAAAGGAGUGGAAUAUAAGGAAGACGAGAUAUCAGGUAUAUUGAGUGAUGGAGAAGGAUUUAGUGAGAGUGUGGUUAUUAAGGAAAACAAGAAGAAGAAUGUAGAGGAGAUACACAUGGAACUGGAUAAUGGAGUAGGUCUUGAGGAAUUGGUUAAGAAGUGUAUAAGAUGGCUGGAGAGUAAGAAGAGAACGGCGUAUGGCAUGAAGAUAGAACAGGCGAUGUCUGAAGGGUGUAUAAAGAGACGAGAUGCAAAUAAAGAGAUUGUGGAGGCAAUUGAAAAGAUACAAUGGACCGUAGAUGAAGAGAAGAAGUGGAAGAUGAUCAAAGAAAGCACGAUGGAAAUGAAUAAGAUCAAGAUGGAGAAGAAAAUGUAUGUAAGAAAGGAGAGUGAGUAUGAGAGAAAGAUUGCAAAGGUAAAUGAGGAAUUUGCAAGCAAGAUGACGAGGCUUAGAUUUGUGAAGGAAUCUGCAAAGGUUUGGAUUGGACGGAUGCGAGAGCAAAGUGAAGAGCUUCUUCGGAGGAUGUUUGAUGCGGUGCAUAAGGAGAAGGAAGCAGACACUGUGUUUCUGUUGAAGGCACUAUCGAGAGCCGAGAGGUAA